AGUGAAGAAGCUGCACAACAUCCUCAUGGAUCGCUUGGCUGUCCGAUUGGCUGCUGUGUGCCGUAGUUAAGAGACCACGGUUGCCGUUCUCACUGUUGGGAUGGACGCGGGCCAGCGGUACCGUAGCGAAACUCUACUCCUGCAUCAUGUGCCUGCGUCGGGAGUGGCCAGCUUGCCUGACAUUGGUGAUACGGUGCGCGAUAUGUAUGGUACUGGGUGCCUACUCGGGCUUGAGUGACCCCUGGUAUUCCUGCUUUCCUUCUCCUCUCCCCCUCUCCAUCUCUCCUCUCUUUUCGUUCUUUCUUUCCCCUUCCCCUUCCUCCCCUUCCCAUUCUCACCACGGCCCGUUUCAACCAUGCCAUUAAAACUCGUCCUCGAUCCUGUUGCCCGUGACUCCUUUACCGCCCCGCUCCUUGAGCAGGUCACCAAGGACGGACUAUCCUUCAUAACAUCCCUUUCAAGUGCCACUUCAGAGAUAAAGUGGGCCCCCUUGAAAACAGAUGUCCAUCUGAGUACCUACCGAACCUACCACGACAACGGUACCUGGAUCGCUCGGGUAAUAAAGGUCCAUGCGGACUACGGCGUUAUCCACCGCGCCAUGAUCGACGAGCGGGUCCUUGCCGAGAGUGAGUGGUUGGACGGGCCAAAGGAUACAAAUGAGGAAAUGGCAGUGGAGGAGUUUGAAGGUGGAAUAUUGGUUAGGGGUUUGUCUCACCACUCCUCCCCCAACCUAGCCAAUCAAUAAUCACUCUCGCUGAUUCUGGUUGCUUGGAUGGAAGAUGUACGCAGGUUCUUGCACAUCCAGGCGUUUGCCGGUCGGGAAUUCCUCGCGAGUGUGAUCUCGAAGGACUUGCUGGGGGCGGAUGGAUGGAGGUCUUCUGUGGUUAUCUCUCUGCCGAUAGAGGGUGAGAUGGUGUCGGAGUCGGAUGUUCGUGGGAAGUACAUAUCGGUUGAAUAUAUAUCUGAGCUGGCGAAUGGGGAGGUAGAGAUUCUCACGGGCGUUUGCGUAAGUUGUGCUCUGGUUGCCUCUGUUGGGGAGAGUGUUGCUGAUGGAUAGCAGAGCGACGCCGGAGGAAGCAUUCCCCGAUGGGUUCAAAACAUGGCCUUGCCCGGACAGAUCUUCAACGAUGGCAAGAGGUUCAUCGAGUAUAUACGAAAGCAGCCGGUCGCGAAUGAGACCGUCGAUGAGAAGAGUGGGUGA